AUGGCAAACCAAAGUGGCCAGAAGAAGCCAAUACUCAUAUCAGGAGCGGGUCUUGCUUCCCUACUCUUAGCACAAGCACUACGACAAACCAGUCUUCCAUUUGUGAUUUACGAGCGCGAUGCAUCACUCUCAUUCCGUGCCCAGGGCUAUCGUCUCAGAUUGUCGACUCUAGGUCUGGACGCAAUUGAAUCUGUGCUUAGCCCAGAGGACUGGAAAUUGUUCUGGGACACCUGCGGCAAGACAGGUGGAAGCGGCUUCGCUGCUCUGAACGCCGUCACUGGUGAGGACAUUACACAACCCAAGUCCGAUGCACCGCCUCAGAAAAUGGUUGAGCAAGAACGAAAGGGAGGACCACUCGAUCUUGGAUCUCGUGAUGGUAAGAUCGUUGGCAUUGCUCGUGGCGAAAUGCGCAGCCUGUUCCUGCGAGGCAUUGAAGACCGUGUCCGAUGGUCUCACAACGUCACUGGAUAUGAAACCACAGAGACUGGCGUCAAAGUAAUCUUCGCCGAUGGCUCCAAGUCAGAAGAGGGCGAGAUGCUGAUCGGUGGCGAGGGUAUCUACUCGAAAGUCGCAAAGCAAGUCUCUGGUGGCAAACUCAAGACAUACGACACAGGUGCACGAGGUAUUCACGGCCAGGCACCUACCACAUCCUUCAAGGAGCUCGGCGAAGGUGUCUGGCGGGCCGUAGACGAGAGCAGAGGAGAGGGCAACAAAGUCUUCAUGAUCACGAACGUCCGACCAAACGACAUGGACGAUCCGAAUGUGAACUUCGGCUGGACCAUGGGCGCCCAGCCAGGCGUAAUUCAGCCACCGAGCGGUGAUUAUGCCAUCAUCGGUAAGCCAGCGGCGGAUAUGGCAAAGGAGCUGUCGAAAGACUGGCAUCCACGACUCAUGCCACUAUUCAAUAAUAUGUUGGAGACAGAAGCCGCUUUCUGGAAGAUCACAUGCUCAACUCCAUGGGGCGUUCCCGAAUGGCCGAACGAUCCUAGAGUGACUGUCAUAGGCGAUGCCGCUCACAGCAUGACGCCUGCGGGUGGCAUUGGGGCGAAUACUGCUCUCCGCGACUCUGCCCUGCUUGGGAAGUUGAUCGCCGAGGCCGGAGGCUUCGCCGAAGGGAUUACGGCUGCGUAUGAGAAGGAAAUGCGUGUCUAUGGCAGCGAGGCAGUGGCUCAAAGCUAUGGGAUGGCGACGGGACAGUUUGGUGUCAAGAUCACCGAGGACUCGGCAACAGUGUAG